AUGUGGCUCUCAAGAAGUGUUAGGUUUUCUCUUCUUCCUUCCAUUGCCAAGUUUCCUCCUUUUCUUCCAAUUCACAAUUCCCUCUUUUGCUCUCACUCUCACUCUCAAACUUCCUUACACGACGACGCCGUCUCACAAUUCAAUCGCUUGCUUCAUCAGCGUCAUGUUCCUCCCAUCUUCGAAUUUGGAAAGAUUUUGGGAUUUCUUGUGAGGAUGAAGCGUUACCCUACUGCUAUUUCUCUCAUUAAGCAAAUGGAGCUCAAGGGAAUUCACAAUAACCUUGUUACUCUCAAUCUCCUCAUGAAUUGUUUCUGUCACUUAGACAAAUUGGCUUUCGCUUUCUCUGUAUUUGCCAAGAUUCUCAAACGGGGUUAUCAUUCAGAUGCCAUAACCUUAAAUACACUCAUCAGAGGUCUCUGUGAUAAGGGUGAGGUCAAGGAAGCCCUCAACCUUCACGACAAAGUAGUAGCACUAGGAUUUCCACUCAACCAAAUUACUUACGGGACUCUGAUCAAUGGAUUGAGCAAAAUAGGAGAAACUGAAGCUGCAAUCAAAUUGCUCAGAAUGAUUCAAGGUCAAUCAACAGUAAUGUACACUAUCAUUAUUGACUCUCUGUUAAAAGAGAAACGUCCAGAAGAAGCUUAUGAUUUGUAUUCUGAGAUGAUUAUUAAGGGAAUUUCUCCUAAUGUUGUUACUUAUAGUAUUCUAAUUUAUGGCUUUUGCUUACUGGGACAGGUAGAAGUAGCAUUUGGUUUCCUAAAUGAAAUGCUAUCAAAUAGCAUCAGACCAGAUGUUUAUACCUAUACUAUAUUGAUUGAUGCAUUGUGUAAGGAAAGAAAGCUAGGAGAAGCCAAGAAUGUAUUAGGUGUGAUGGUGAAAGCUUAUGUGAAACCUAAUGUUGUUAGCUUUAAUGCUCUAAUGGAUGGGUAUUACUUAGUUAAUAAAGUGAAGAAUGCAAAACAAGUAUUCAAUGCAAUGACCCACAUGAGAGUGAGUCCUAGUGUUAGGACCUACAAUAUCAUGAUAAAUGGACUCAUAAGGAACGAAAGGGUGGAUGAGGCCAUAAAUCUCUUUCAAGAAAUGCACAAAAGGAAUAUAGUUCCAAAUACUGUGACUUACAAUACUCUUAUUGAUGGUUUAUGCAAAACUGGAAGAAUCUCUCAUGCUUGGGAUCUUUUUCGUGAGAUGCGUGAUAGAAAUCAACAAGCAGACAUAGUCACUCAUAAUUCCUUGAUUGAUGGUUUAUGCAAAAAUCAUCGUCUAGACAACGCAAUUGAAUUAUUGAGGGAAAUGAGAGAGAAUGGAGUUCAGCCCAAUAUGUACACUGCAACAAUACUUAUUGACGGCAUGUGUAGAGGGGGAAGACUUAAAAAUGCACAAGUGAUUUUUCAAGAUCUAUUGAAUAAAGGUCACAAUCCCAGCAUCUGUACUUAUAAUGUUAUGAUAAGUGGUCUUUGUAAAAAGGAUUCGCUUGAUGAGGCAUUGACCUUGUGGUCCAAAAUGGAAGACAGUGGUUGUUUAUCUAAUGUUAUAACUUUUGAAACAAUCAUCUCUGCUCUCUUUAAGAAGAACGAGACUGAAAAGGCAGAGAAAUUUUUGCACGAAAUGAUCUCUAGAGACUUGUUGAAAUGAUGAAAGGUUCAAUACGACCAGAACUUGGUAAUUUAGCACAAUUGGAUACAUUGUCUCUCCAUAAUAAUUGCCUAACUGGUUCAAUCCAUUCUACAUUAGGUCUAUUGAAGAAUGGGGUCAGAUUUCAUCUUGAUUCAAACCAAUUUGCAGAUAUAUAACUGGGAAAUUUGACAUAUCUCUUCUCCUUCACUACUGUGUGUUUCUGAGCUAACUUCAGUUUUAAUGGUCUCUCAGAUAAGCUGUUGCAAUUCUCUUCAUUGUAUUGUUCCCUAUAAAUCGUGUCAAUGGGAGAGGCAUAAACAAAUGAAUUUUUAAGUGGCCUUGAAGAGUUUAUGGCUUUUUACUAUAUAUUAAAACGAGA